CGGCUGCUCGGGCUCGCCCGUAACGCAAAUCGGCGGACAGGAAAACGCGUGACAGAUCGACGCCCUCUUUUUCAACGAGUUGCCAAGAGUGGCGCGGCGUCGCGAGCGAGGAGUUUGGCGCGUGCACGCUGAGCAGAGAGCGGCGGAGAGUUUUUUUGCUGCUGUCCGCAAGGUUACCGAAGUGCAGCCAAAGAAAGAAAGAAAGAAAGAAGGAGGAGGGGGAACAGGAGAGAAACUCCACACAGGAUGUUCAGUAUGCAUUUGUCUCGUUUUUACCGUCGAGGUUUAACGGGUUUAGUUUAAAAAGUCGCGUUUGGAACUGAACCGAUUAGGCUCUCUGCUCCUCUCGCGGUAAUUCCGGCUGUUUAAUUGGGACGCAUCCGGACGCAGCUCGAGAGAUCCAGGAGUCUCUGCGGUUUCUGCAGUUCCCUCACUGUCAAGGGGGCAAUGAGCAUUCCUGUCUUUUUGCAUUGACAACGAAAUGGGAAAAAGGUCUUCAUUUGUCCAGUAAGGAUGUUUCCGUCCCACAGAGAAAGGGAGCAACCCAUUUUCAGUACCCGAGCGCACGUGUUCCAGAUCGAUCCAGCUACUAAGCGCAACUGGAUCCCAGCCAGCAAGCAUGCAGUUACCGUCUCUUUCUUCUACGAUGCCAAUCGGCAUGCCUACCGCAUCAUCAGUGUGGGAGGCACCAAGGCUAUCAUCAACAGCACCAUCACACCCAACAUGACAUUCACUAAGACAUCCCAGAAGUUUGGCCAGUGGGCAGACAGCAGGGCUAACACGGUGUACGGCCUGGGCUUUGCCACUGAGCAGCAGCUUAACCAGUUUUCUGAGCGCUUUAAGGAGGUCAAAGAAGCUGCUCGGCUAGCUAGAGAGAAAUCACAAGACAAGAUGGAGCUGGCUAAUGCUGCCCUGAACAUCGCAGCCCCACAGGAUCUCUCAGACGAAUUGCAGUCACCACCGGUGAUGUGUGUGAACGGGCCGGAGGAUAAACUCUUCCGGAGCCAGAGCGCAGACAUCACUCUCUCAUCAGAGAAAGAGCGUAUCAAAAAGAUGCUCUCUGAAGGCUCUAUCUGUGAGAUGAACCUGGAGGCCGAGCUCUUUACCCUGCAGGACAGCAACGCAAAACUGGUGGCAGCGCUGCACGAGGCUAAUGCCAACGUGGAGCAAUGGAAGAAGCAGCUGGCAGCCUAUCAGGAUGAGACAGAAAGGCUGAGAGAACAGGUGGUAGAUUUGGAGAGCCGUGGAGGCCAGGGGCCCAGCGACAUGCUGAAGGAUGAGCUCACACAGUCCCUGGAGGAACUGGAGGCUUUACUCAAAGCUAAAGAUGAGGAAAUCCGUAUUCUUCAGGCGAAGAAGUCUAAUUUCCAUGAGAUGGAGCAGGAGAGAGAAGAAGCCAUUCACAGAUUACAGGAGCUGGAGAUGCGUAACCUGGAUCUGGAGCGGCGGGUGCAGAGUGCUGAGCAGAGCCUGGCCUCCACCCUGGAGGAUCGAGACCGCACCGAUAACGAGGUCCAGAGGGUCAUCCAGAUGCUCGAUGUCAAGCUCUUUGACCUCAAUGACCUGCGACAGACCCUCAUCAAACUGCUCGACAAGUAGAGCAGUAAAGAAAGAGCGGUGUUCUGACUGAAAGAGCUGGAGCUGAGGUGCAAGAGAGAGAGAAAGAGAGAGGUGUGGUCUCUGUGCUCGGCCAAAGCUCAGCACCCCGGCUCUCAGAAACAGAACGGCUGCCGUUCGAGAGGCGCCACAUGUCAGCACAUAGUGUAGCUAUGCUUUCAAAUAGAGAAUAUCAGAGGCUAGUGACUACACCUACACGACAUUUUGUUCUGUAGUUUUCUUUGAUGUUUCCUCUUGAUUUUUCAGUUAACAACUUAGCAAUAAAUAUCAGUUUAAGUCAGUAUUCAGUUGAUAGCGAUUGGGUGUAAAGUAUAUUUUUGAUACAUCAGGUGACGCACGGCAGAACGUUUCCUUUCAGUAGCAGAAAAUAAAGAGUCCGAAUAAAAAUAAUAUAUUACAUUGCAUUAUAUUAUGUCCUAGACGUAACCCUAUUAUAACUGGUACUAUGGCACUGUUGAAUAAAGGAACAAGGAAAAGAAAUAAAGUGACAAGAGUUUAUGGUGAGCAUGAAACCAUUAUAAUACUAUUCGAAUUUUUAAACUUUAUACAAACUGAAAAUUUUCAGAUUAAUUUCGAGAGAAAUGAUAAGUGAAUGUAAUCUGCGUAUGCAGUUUCUUUGAGGCAGAGACCCUGUGUAUGUAUUACCAAAGACCAGCAGAAACAUCACUAUUGUCUGAGGAGUCUUUAACUGCUCAGUAUGAUUAAUUCAUUGGUAAAACAUUCUGGUCUGUAUUUAAUCUAGCACUAAUCUUCAUAAGUAAUAUGGGAUGCGAGAAAAAGUAGUUUGAAAUGUACACAUGUAGUCAAGAUGUACUGUAGGCAAUGCACAAUUUAUUCUAAUAGGUUCAUGUAGGUUACGAUAUUUCUAGGUAAGUAUUCAUUAAGUACAAGUUAAGGCUAUUUUUCCUGCAUUUAGGAAUGCCCGCUUGUGGCUUGGGUGGAACUUGCACUGUACUUUUCUAGUUAGAUAUAGGGCUUCUAAGCAUCGUUCAACUUUGAUGUCACAGGCCUCAUCCGAGGCUGCAUGGUUGCGUAUCAGUCAUUGCUUCAGGAAACUUACUGCUUUGAGUAUUUGUGAACGUGACCUUUGUGUGAAGAGGAAAUGACUUUUGAAUGUGACUUAACAUCCUUUUUGCCCCAUGCAGUCUACACAUACAAUUAAGAUCGAGUCUUAAUGUCAGAGAAACUAAAGGUUACAAAUAAAAUCAAUCAAGAUUGCAUUUCCUAACAGGAGCAUGACAUUGAUUUUAGAGCCUUGUAGGAGAACAUACUCAAAUAUUUUCCUCUUAAGGUAUACUUUUCAGCUUCAGAUCACCUACUUUGCUUUACAUCAUUCUGCUGACUGAUAUUAUACAUGCCUUAUUCGGGUAGAGCACAUUUCCAGUAUCACUAUCAAUCAUGUUUUGGCCUGCAUAGGGCAAGUGAGAAUUUGUUUUACUGCAAUCUUUACCUUAAACUGUGUACUGAGCCAGAGACUGAUAUAUACACAUACAGAAUGUAAGCAGCCUGGCCUGGAUUAUUCGUUAACAAC